GGAAUGGCCUGUGCUAACACUUCAUGGUCUGAAGAGAACUUUUCAUGUUCCAUCUGUCUGGAUGUGUUCAUCAGUCCAGUUACCACCGCAUGUGGACACAACUUCUGUAGAACCUGUAUUACAAAGUUCUGGGAUGAACAAGUCCGGUACAAAUGUCCUGUUUGCAACAAGCUUUUCAACACAAGACCUGAACUACAGGUCAAUAUCUUCUUAUCAGAGCUUUUAGCUCAGUUUAGAACGUCCGUAGGAGUAAAAGAGCAGCCUUGUGUUGAACCAGCAGAAGUUCCCUGUGACGUCUGUACUGGGACCCAGCUGAAGGCUGUGAAGUCCUGCCUAGUGUGUUUUACCUCUUACUGCAAAACCCACCUGGAGCCCCAUCAGAGAGUCGGUCGCCUGCAGAAACAUCGGCUGGUCGAGCCUAUGGACCGUCUGGAAGAAAGGAUGUGUAAGAAACAUGACCGACUUCUGGAGCUCUUCUGCCAGACUGAACAGGUGUGUGUGUGUCAGUUCUGCACAGAGGCAGACCACAAGUCCCAUCCUGUUGUACCUCUAAAGGAGGAAUAUGAAGUGAAGACGGCCCAGCUGGGGAAGAUAGAGGCUGAAGUUCCACAGAUGAUCCAGGAGAGAAAACAAAAGAUUAAGGAGAUCAAAGACACAGUGGAACUGAGCAACAAAGACGCAGACAGAGAGAUAGCCCAAGGUGGGCAGGUCUUCACUGCUCUGAUUGGCUGUGUUGAAAAGGGCCGGGAUGAAUUCAACCAAACGGUUAAAGAGAAACUGAAAUCCACAGAGAAACAAGCUGAAGACCUCAUCAAAGAGCUGGAGAAGGAAAUAGAAGAUCUGACCAAUAGAAGCUCAGAGGUGAAGCGGCUCUCACACACUGAAGACCACCUCCACUUCCUCCAGACCUUCAGAUCCCUGAAGGAUCCUCCACCCACCAGGGACUGGACCACGGUGGAGGUCCGUCCUCCGUCAUACGUAGGGACCUUGAGGAGAUCCCUGGAUCAGCUGGAGGAGACACUGAACAUGGAGAUGAAGAAGCUGCGUGAUGCUGAACUGAAGAGGGUCCAGCAGUAUGAAGUAGAUGUGACUCUGGAUCCUGAUACAGCUCAUCCCCAGCUCAUCCUGUCUGAGGAUGGGAAACAAGUACAUGAUGGAGGUGUAGUGAAGAUACUCCCAUACAACCCUAAGAGAUUUACAAGGUAUACAUUUGUUCUCACGAGGCAGAGCUUCUCCUCAGGGAGAUUUUACUUUGAGGUCCAGGUUAAAGACAAGACUGCAUGGUGGUUAGGAGUGGCCAGAGAGUCCAUCGACAGAACAGGUGGGAGCAGGGGGACCCCUGAGACGGGGUACUGGACUCUUUUGUACUACAAUGAUGUGUUCUUAUUUAGUGAUUACACUUCUGUCCGUCACCCUCUGAGAGCUGGGCUCCAGAAGGUGGGGGUGUUUGUUGAUUAUGAUGAGGGUCUGGUCUCCUUCUAUGAUGUGGAAGCCAGGGUUCAUAUCUACUCUGCUACUGGCUGCACCUUCACUGAGCCUCUCUAUCCACUCCUCGGUCCAUGUGAUCAUGAUGAAGGUACAAACUCCGCCCCCCUGAUCAUCUCACCUGUCAAUCAAACAGACUAGGACCUUUGUUUAAUAAUAAAAUAAUCAAACGACCAAAACAAAUAAUGUUGUAUCCUGGAUUAGAAUAGAAUUAGAAUCUCUACUAUGUGAGAUCUGAGAGAUCUGAAUUAAUGUCGUACUGCUGUCAUUUAACGAGGAGAAUAUAUUUAAGAAUUAACCCUGUAGUUGUGUAACAUAACA